AUGCCUGCGGCUGGACGCUUCGUUAUCAUUCUGUUAAUAUUUGGUGCAGCUGCGCAUAUUUUUCUUGGUGGUGGUUUAUCAUUUAUCAGCGAUUAUCAUAUUUGGAGGCCAGUAGUUGAAAGCAGUAGGCAAGAAAUUGUUCUGGUGCAUAAUAUCGGCAAUAGCAGUGAUCAAAAUGCGAAGAAAAUUGUAUCGAAUGAUCAAACAAAAUUUCAUUUAACUAGUGCUACUCCAGUUGAUAACUUAGGCGCUAUUCGUUCAAAUUUUUAUGAGCUUUUCAUUAAUGGUUUACGCUUUGGUAAACUAACUACUGUUUAUCCAAUAAUUAAUCAAUCUAUCAUUAAUGGUUCAACAACUGAUAAGCCAACAGAAACAUACGCAGAGAGUGUUUAUCUGUUGAAAACUGAUGGGAAUAUUCAUAAUAGUACUCUGUUAAAUACUAUUACAGUUGCCCAGUCUACUAAGCGAUUAUUUGGUAAUGAAACAUUAUCAACGUGCAAUGUUAUUCCAACCUUUCAAAUGGUGCAUCAAAAUCUUAGUUUGGUAAAUUGUCCUGUAACACCACCUGGUUUGGUUGGUCCAAUAAAAGUAUGGUAUGAUGAGCCGACGUUUGAAGAAAUUGAGCGAUUAAAUCCAAAUUUGGAAGCUGGUGGCCACGGAAAACCUGAAAACUGCCUAUCACGACACAGGGUUGCUAUUAUCGUUCCUUAUAGAGAUCGAGAAGCUCAUUUGCGUAUCUUAUUGCACAAUCUUCAUUCAUUGCUUACCAAACAACAACUUGAUUAUGCCAUUUUUGUCAUCGAACAACAUGAAAAUGAAACAUUCAAUCGUGCUAAAUUAAUGAAUGUGGGAUAUGUGGAGGCAAUGAAACUUUAUGAUUGGCAAUGUUUUGUAUUUCAUGAUGUUGAUUUAUUGGCAGAGGAUGAUCGUAACAUUUAUUCUUGUCCUGAUCAACCAAGGCAUAUGAGUGUUGCAGUUAAUAAAUUUAAAUACAAAUUACCAUAUGGAUCAAUAUUCGGAGGUGUAAGUGCUAUUAGAACGGAGCAGUUUGCAACAUUGAAUGGCUUUUCGAACAGUUAUUGGGGUUGGGGUGGUGAAGAUGAUGAUCUCUCAAUGCGAGUAACUUCUGCUGGUUACAAAAUUAUGCGAUAUCCAUCGGAAAUUGCACGCUAUCAAAUGGUUCAGCAUAAAUCAGAGAUGAAAAAUCCCAUUAAUAGAUGUCGAUAUGAUUUAUUAGCCAAAACAAAAGUACGUCAGCAAACGGAUGGUAUUUCAUCAUUAAAAUAUGAAUGUUACGAUUUGCAAUUUUUUACGCUGUUUACACAUAUCAAAGUGAAAUUAUUCGAGCAGGAAUCAAAAGCACAGUUACGUGAAGAAGGUUUCAAGAGAUGUUGA